UACAGUAUUUUCCGGGUGCAUUUGGAUAAUACACGUAUAGAGGUUUUUGAUUUGGACCCGUUCAGGUUGAAAGGAUGAAGCCCAAGAAGAAUGAAUGGCCUCGGAAAAAAUAUUGAAAUGAUAUGGUAAUUUGAGGCUGGUGGUAGCUCUAUUUUGCUUCCACAACUCGGCCCCCUAUGGUGAGGCUACAGCCCAGAGAUGGCUCACUCGCAGGCCGGUUUCCAAAACGGUGAAAGACGGUCGAGCAGCAAUGACAGUGCUUGGAAUGGGUCCCCCACCUCCAGCCAAAGAGCUCACUCCGCUUCUGUCUGCUCAAAUCCUCUCUGGACUGCGGUGUUUGAUUACGAAGCCAGCGGGGAGGAUGAGCUUAGUCUGCGGCGGGGGGAUGUGGUCGAGGUGCUUUCAAAGGACGCUUCCAUCUCCGGUGAUGAAGGCUGGUGGACUGGCAAAAUCAACCAUCGGGUCGGGAUAUUCCCCUCCAAUUAUGUUACCUACAAACCCGCCAUAUACCAUAGAUCAAGCAGUGUUGUGGGAGUGGACAAUGGUGGACGGAGCUCCCCUGUAGAGAUCAGUUUUAGCGAGCUGACGCUGGAAGAAAUAAUUGGGGUCGGAGGGUUUGGCAAAGUGUACAGGGGAACGUGGAUAGAGCAGGAGGUAGCCGUAAAGGCAGCGCGGUAUGACCCGGACGAGGACAUCACUGCCGCAGCAGCCAGCGUGAAGCAGGAGGCAAAACUCUUUUCAAUGCUGCAACAUCCCAAUAUCAUUAAACUCGAAGGGGUUUGCCUUCAGGAACCCAAUCUGUGCCUUGUAAUGGAAUAUGCCCAAGGAGGGACCUUGAAUCGGGCUUUGGCUGGGCGCAGAAUACCUCCCCACAUCCUGGUUAACUGGGCUGUACAGAUAGCCAGAGGCAUGCACUACCUACACGAAGAAUCAGUUGUGCCCAUCAUUCACCGGGACCUCAAAUCCAGCAAUAUACUGUUAAUUGAAAAAAUAAAAAAUGACGACAUAGGCAAAAAGACCUUGAAGAUCACAGACUUUGGCUUGGCCAGAGAAUGGCAUAAAACAACCAAGAUGAGUGCUGCUGGAACAUACUCUUGGAUGGCUCCAGAAGUGAUCAAGUCUUCGCUAUUUUCUAAAGGCAGUGAUGUCUGGAGUUAUGGGGUGUUGCUAUGGGAGCUACUGACAGGAGAGGUGCCUUAUCGUGGAAUUGAUGGUCUUGCUGUUGCCUAUGGAGUGGCAGUCAACAAAUUAACCCUUCCCAUUCCAUCCACUUGCCCGGAACAGUUUGCCAAGCUUAUGGAAGAAUGCUGGGAGCAGGACCCCCACAUCCGGCCAUCUUUCACUGCCAUUCUCGAACAGCUUACUGCCAUUGAGGAAGAAGUCAUGGCAACGAUGCCCCAAGAAUCGUUCCACUCCAUGCAGGAUGACUGGAAGGUGGAGAUAAAGGAAAUGUUUGAUGAGCUCAGGACAAAGGAGAAGGAACUGCUCUCUCGGGAAGAGGAGCUCACCAGGGCAGCCCUUCAGCAGAAGUCUCACGAGGAGCUUCUGAAGCGGCGGGAGCAGCAGCUAGCGGAGAGGGAGAUCGAUGUUCUGGAGAGGGAGCUCAACAUCCUCAUCUUCCAGCUCAACAAGGACAAGCCCAAUGUCAAGAAGAGGAAGGGCAAGUUCAAGCGCAGCCGCUUAAAGCUGAAGGAUGGCAACCGGAUCAGCUUACCUUCAGAUUUUCAGCACAAAAUCACUGUUCAGGCUUCCCCCACGAUGGACAAGAGAAGAAGUUUAAACAGCAAUAGUUCUAGCCCACCAAGCAGCCCCACACUCAUUCCACGUCUCAGAGCGAUACAAUUGAAUUCAAAAACUGACAUUGUCAGUGGCCAGAGGAACAGUAUGUAUGUGUACCAUCAAGAUGUGGAUAUCACAAGUGAAUGUGAACCUACCAGGGUUAGGAAAAAAGUAACUUUGGAUGAAAGCAAUAGAACAUGGGGAAGGAGCACAAUUUACAAACCAGAAGAAUUUGAAGAUGUCCAAAAAGUUUUUAAAAAGAAGGGGCGUACAUGGGGACCAAGUUCUAUUCAAACAAAGGAUCGGGCCAAUGGUGCCGAAAGGAUAAGGCCAUUAUCAGAUGGCAGCAACCCGUGGUCCACUAGUUUGAUGAAAAACCAGACGUCUGUGCCUUUAGCUGCACUGUUUGUGGAUCAGGGGGCAUCUCCAGAAGAGAUUUGUUCAUCUGAAGGCAUUGACAACGGCCGACCAAAGCAACUAAAGUUCUGUAAUCAGGUGUAUAUCGAUCUACCUCUUUGGAAAGAUGAACAGGGGGAGAACAGAGGAGGCAGCAAAAGCAUGGAGGAAGCAACUCCCGUCAGCUCAGCUAGCAGCACACCUCAAGUCACUCCAACAAACAGUCUGAAACGAGUGACACUGAGAAAGAAAACGGACAGUGUGCUGUACGGGUGCGCCAUGCUCCUCGCUUCAGUUGGCUUGGGUUUCGAUAUCCGCGAUGCGAACAAUAGGCCCCAGUCCAUGGAAGAGCCUGUGGUCAAGGAGGAAAAGAAAAAGAGGGAGGGGAUAUUCCAGAGAGCCACCCGGUUCCAUCGGAGUACAAGUCCUCCCGACAGAAUGAGUUUGAAAAAAGAUGACGGCAACAUUCCAUCUCUGGGCCCUCCCUCCGGUUCAGAUAAUUUCCUUUCCAUGUCUUCCAUUUCAGAAUGCAACUUCACAAAGUGUUUGGUUCAGGAUAAUUCCAAAGAAGCAAGUACAUACAGUUUGUAUUUGAAGGAAGGGUCGUCAAAUGAAAACGGCAACAGCGAACACAAGCACAAGGAGUCUGGUUCACCCAAGGUAUUGAAGAACAGGGCCUUCAGUAGCAUGUCAGAAUGGAAUUCCGACCUUCAGUCGCCUGACUCUGAGAACAACAUUGUUUUGCAACACAAGCAAACAAUGUCGGUGGGAAUUGCAAUUCAGAAUUACACUAAUGGCACAUCCAGCUUGCAAAGGGAUCCAACAGUAUACCCCCAGAUUCCUAAUCCUGAAGCAGUGUAUCCAGCCUCUGUGCUGAGAAGAAACCACAAGAGAGAUGUCACACCCGAAAGGCAUCUCUCUGGAGACUAUACCUCUAGGCCUCGGCCUCUGUCCCUUAAAAGUAAAGCCCACCCCUGCCAUCUUGUCCGAAACAAGAGCUCAUCAGCAGGACCUUUCUCAGGAGAGAAAGCAGCACAAAAUAUUAACUAUUUGCUUGCUGCUGAAGGAAAAGCUGGCUGUCACACUGCCCCUGCUGCCUGCUCUUUACUGGACAUUGAUAUGGAAGGACAGAAAGGGGACUGCACUGUACCCCUUUGCAGAAUUCAGAGCAAACCUGCCAGAUCUACAGUAUAUGAACUGGAGAAGGAGUCAUUGUCUUAGCAAUUUGUGAUGGAAAACAAAGAUGUUUGUUCUAGCACAUUAGUGUUUCUUAAUGAAAGCCACUCUACUACUCUACUACUAAACUGGAACCUUCACCAGGCAGCAGGUUGACUUUCAGUUCAUACAGGUACUUCAUAAAGAUAAUUUAUGUCAAUUCUGAUACGGCUAAGUUGUAGUUUGCUGGAGCUUUAUUUGCU